AUGGUUUUGCUGAAAAGCGUCCCUCCACCCACCGAGGGGGUGAGGCAUGAGCAAGCGGAGACCACGGCGAUCAUGGACGGCAAAGGUUUGGGCUGCGGCACGCUGUACGUCGCGGAAACGCGUCUGUCCUGGUUUGAUGGGUCGGGGAUGGGUUUCUCCCUGGAGUAUCCCUCCAUCGGCCUGCAUGCCAUCUCCAGAGACCUGAGCGCCUAUCCACAGGAGCACCUGUAUGUCAUGGUCAACGCCAAGCUCAGCGAUGAAAAUGAGGCAGAAAUGGCAGAGAACGUCCAUGACGACGACGAGGACGCCAGCAGUGGUGGCGAGGACGACGACGACGAUGAGGAAGGAGUGAUCACAGAGAUUCGCUUUGUGCCGAGCGACAAGGCGGCACUGGAGUCCAUGUUCUCAGCGAUGUGUGAGUGCCAAGCGCUGCACCCCGACCCAGAGGACGACGACUCAGACAACGAUUUCGAAGGAGAGGAGUAUGAUGUGGAGGAGGCAGAAGCAGAGCACGGUCAGGGCGACGUCCCGACCUUCUACACCUACGAGGAGGGUCUGUCGGCGCUGACGCAGGAGGGCCAGGCCACCCUGGAGCGGCUGGAGGGCAUGCUGGCCCAGUCCGUCGCCCAGCAGUACCACAUGGCCGGGGUCCGGACCGACGAAAGCAACGCAGAAUUUGAAGACGGUAUGGAAGUUGACGCAGGGACAACAGUGGCCGGGCAGUUUGAAGAUGCAGACGUGGAUCACUGAUGGAUCUCCUCUCAGAACCAACCACAGCACCUGUGUUGCAUCAUGGGAUAGGACGAGAGGGCGGCAGCACUUCUCCAAGGCUUCCUGAACGCCUCGCAGCUCUUUACUUGUCCUCUCUUCCUGUUCCAGACGUAUCACAUCCUGUUUGAUCCCCGGCCCUCCGUGUAUCUGUUCAGUCCUCUCAGCAGUCUGCAGUCACCUCGGUUCAUUGAUGUUGUGUUUACAGAUCAGAAAUGGCGUUGUGCUGACGUUUUUCCUCUCGUGCGCUCCUAGUUUCUUGUUUUCAUUCUCUUGUCCUGGUUGUGUUAAAAAGUGUUGCACCAGACUGUUGAGAUGCAUCCCAGUAAACUGCUGCAGACUGUUGAGAUGCAGCCUGACUCGGCCACUUCCUACUUCCUGACUGUAAGCAGACAAAAAAAAGAGUCUUGAUGUUUUGUACCUAACGACCAGCUUGAUAUCUAAUAUUCCCUAAGAGGGACAACUGUUGUCUUUGUAUGAAAUUGUCAAUAAAUCCAUAGUUUUUGUAUGAAAAAAAA